AUGAAGUGCUGCUGCAUUCACGAGUUUAUCUUCUUUAUAUAUAUAUAUAUAUAUAUUCCUCUUGUUCCUUUCUUCUUCUUUUUUUUUUACGCUAUUUUUCUUCUUCCAUUGUGUUCUUUUCUUUUUUUUCUUUUUUCUUUUUUUUUUCUUGUGUGUGUGUGUGUUUUUUUUUUCUGUAGCGACAUGUCUUGCCGCAUGAAUGCCGCUGCCGCUGUUGAGAGCGAAAACGUGGGCAACAGACGGGAGGAAGAGGAGGAAAGGGAGGCUGUCGAUGAACAGGCACGCAAGUUACCAAAGCGUAAAGUUGCCAUCAUUUUUGGGUACGUUGGUGAGCGCUACUGUGGCCUCCAGUGGAAUCAUCUGCCGGGAUACCCCACCGUUGAGGAGGAGCUGCUGCGAGCAUUGCACCGCACAGGCAUGAUUUCCAAGGAGAACUACGAACAGGAAAAGGUGCAGCAGAAGCUCAACUGGGAGCGCGCUAGCCGUACAGACAAGGGGGUUCAUGCGCUGCGCAAUGUGAUUUCACUGAAUGUCAUGCUUCCGUACGCGAAGGGUUCCACUACCGAGUACGAUCCGCAAGAGGCUAGGCGUAUUUUAAUGACGGUCCUGCCACAUGACAUUAUUGUGUAUGAAAUUGUUCCGGUUACACGCAGCUUCAAUGCCUACAUGCUGUGUGGAGCGCGAACAUAUGAAUACUACUUGCCAACAUUUGCUCUCAUGAGCCUUGAUGAAUACAGUCGCGACUACUUCCCGCCCUCACUCGCCCCGGCGCGGCCCACACUGGAGGAAGUGGGCUUCACCGGUGUGGCCUCUGAAGGCCCGAGAGCGACAGAGGACGAAACACCCAGUUUUGCUCCGUUGGGAACAAAACGUCCGCGUGAGGUGGAGGAGAAUGGAGAGGCGACAGGUGACGGCAACGACAAUGCCAAUAGUGUGGUGGGAGGGAAGGAUACAUGUGAGAAACACGAAAGAGAGGAGGAGGUGGAAGAGAGAGAUGGACAGCAAUGCAUUGGGGGACGUAACAGCAAUGAAACGGUGCAAAAAUUUCACGACGGUCGUUUUGAGAAGUUGUUGAUUUUUCGCACCAUCCCCGCAGAUGCAAUGCGCCACGUGUCGCAAUAUCGUCUCUCGCCUGAGCAACUAGAACACGCACGCAAUAUUUUUCGACUUUACGAGGGAACCUACUCGUAUCAUAACUUCACACCCGGGGGUCGAGCAAGUGACCCUUCAUGUAUGCGCUACGUCACAUCCGUGACGGUGGGAGACCCGUUUCUUGUUGAACCCACAGAUGCUGCCGUGAUCUCGGCGCUACAAGAAUGGACACCGUCACGGUGUUACUUCCCGGACGACGAGCAGGUCUCACUCCAGGGACAGAAUGAUGAGAAUAGUAUCGAGGAGAAACGGGAACAGAUGCGCGAGCAUAUGCAGCAUGUAUAUGGUGAUUUCUCCUGUGGAGGAGUGGAAGGUAGCGUCAAGACUGGCCUUGAGGUGGUGCGAAUUGAGCUGCAUGGACAGAGCUUCAUGUUAAACCAAAUCCGCAAGAUGAUAGGGGCCGUUAUCUCUAUAUGUGCUGCUGGUCUUUCGCCACAAUAUCUGCGAGACCAUCUGUUGAACAAAGCGGUACGCUGUGGUGUGCCAAUGGCACCGGCGAAUGGUCUUUUUCUCUCGUACCUUGACUUCCAAAGGUACAACUACCGCCUGGAACGCAUCCAGAGCCAAGGUGGAAAUGGUUCCGGAAAGUGUGGCGUGUAUGUGGAUCGUGUUAGCAGCGACGCGGUCGAAGCGUUCCGUCACAAAAUUGUUGCUGUUAUUCUUCGCAACGAGAUGGUGGGUGAUGUGAUGGGUCGAUGGAUGCGAUCCUUGCGACACGUGUUACGGCUGGCGUGCGGCCUUGAAAUACCGUGA